CCACUCACACGUCUCACAUCAUUCACUCACUCACAUUUUUUUCACUCUUCUUUCACAUUUUAUCACACACACAAACACAUUCACCAGAUCUGAUUAUCAUUUUCUUCAGAGAAGAUGAGAGGACCGAAGAAUUCCGCUAUUAUCGCUGAUCAGAAAACGCUCAUCGACCGUACUAAUCUGACAACAAAGAAGACGAAGGCUGAUAAGAGUACUAAGGCAAAGAAGUCAAAGGCUGAUAAGGAUUCCGGUGCUCCGAAACGACCUCCAACUGCCUUCUUCAUCUUCAUGGAGGAUUUCAGAAAGGACUACAAGGAGAAUUUUCCUGACAACAAAUCUGUCUCUAUUGUUGCUAAGGAAGGUGGAGCUAAGUGGAAGUCUAUGUCUGAAUCUGAAAAAGCUCCUUAUGUGGCUAAGGCUGCUACCAAGAAAGCAGAGUAUGGUGUUGCUGUCAAACAGCAUAAUGAUAAUUUGAAUGAAGAAGCAAAGGAGAAGUCUGCAUCAACAUCAAAAUCAUCUGCAUCCACAUCAAAAUCAUCAGUGGACAUUACUGAUGAUGUGGAUCAGGAAGCUAGCUCCAUUUAGAUCGAUGAGGCUCUUGUGCUAACCUUAUGACAGAUGGAAAGUAAUAUAGUAGCAGAUAAUAUAGUAGAAAUAAAGCAUUUAUUGCUAAUAUGAAAUGUGGAUAUUGAGUUUGCUUAUGAGUUUGAAGAAAUUAGUAUUCUAGUUCUCUUCUUAGCAUCCAGAGUUUAUGAAUAUUACUCCUUAAGUAUCAGUUUUUAGUUUCCA